CGAAGUUCAAAGCUUGGAAGUGAAAAAGCAGAGAGUUGCAGAAGAACACGAACAGAGUUGAGAGGAGUAAAAAAAUGAAGAAGGCGCAAUUGGAAUUGCCAGCAGGGUUCAGGUUCCACCCGACGGACGACGAGUUGGUGAACCAUUACUUGAUCCGCAAGUGCGCUUCCCAACCCGUCUCUGCCCCCAUCAUCGCGGAGAUCGAUCUCUACAAGUUCGACCCUUGGGACCUUCCAGAAAUGGCUCUGUACGGCGAAAAAGAAUGGUACUUCUUUUCUCCGAGGGACCGCAAGUACCCCAACGGGUCACGUCCGAACCGGGCAGCCAGAACUGGGUAUUGGAAGGCGACCGGGGCCGAUAAGCGGAUCGGCCGCCCAAAGACGCUUGGCAUAAAGAAGGCGCUAGUGUUUUACGUGGGGAAAGCUCCGAGAGGAGUCAAGACCAAUUGGAUCAUGCACGAGUAUCGUCUCGCCAAUGUCGAUCGAUCCGCCGGCAAGAAGAAGAACAACCGGAGGCUUGAUGAUUGGGUUCUAUGCCGAAUAUACAACAAGAAGGGCACUAUAGAGAAGCAUUUCCCCUCAGCCCAAAAUAACCAGGCAGAGUUCCCGGAAAUGGAGACAGAGCCGCAGAUUGUUAUGCCGGCGGCGCUAAACCCAUACACACCUCCGCAACACUCGCCAAUGACAACGGAUCACAUGUACAUGGACUCGUCGGAGUCGAUGCCGAAGCUGCACCCGGAUUCUAGCGCCUCGGAGCACGUGGUGUCCCCGGACUUGGCGCACCAGAAGGAAGUGCAGAGCGAGGAGAAAUGGGACGAUUGGGAGAAGGCCCUCGAUCUCCAGUUGGGUGCAAUGGAUAACUUCUUGGACGAUUCAUUCGCGCAGGGACAGUUUCAGCUGGAUCAGGUCUCCCUUCAGGACAUGUCCAUGUACUUGCAGAGGCCAUUUUGAACACAGAAGUCGGACUUUCUUUCACAGGGGCCUGAACCAUUCAGCUCUUACUGGUUCUCGUUGAAGCUGCACCAUCCACAGGUAUGGUGAUGGUGAUCAAUCAAAGACAAAACCUGUCCUGGACAAAUUGCUGAC